ACGCAAAAAAAAAAUAGAAGCAUCUUCGCCGAAUCCGUAAAAUUAGCGACAAAUUGUCUUCGUUUCUCCACGAUUUUUCGCAUUUUUCUACGGUAGCAGCUCAUUCAUCGACCUUCCUACUCGAAUAAUUAAUAUGUUCAAGAGAAAAUUGAAGGCACUUGGUUACUUGGACUGGGACAAAGUCAAUGGAGAUAAUACUCAGCACUUCAGAAAGACGAUUGUUUGGUUGGAAGAUCAAAAGAUACGUCAUUAUACCAUAGAGGAUCGUACAAAUUUGAGGGACAUUACAUCCUCGGAAUGGCCAAACGUUUUUGAAAAGUAUUGUAAUGAUGUCAACUGCCCAAUAACUGAGAACGAGAUUGAUCAAUUAGAGUGGUUCAUAGGAUAUGCUGUUUGGCUAGAGUUUGGAGAUGACAGCCAGAAAUAUCAGAAAGUUGUAGGAAGUAAGGUAAAAGAUAAAGAAGAGGUUAAAGUGCCUAGUAUCAAGUCCACGAAUCCUUUAGAUAAUUUACAUUUUGACAGUGAAGUUUUCAAAAAGGGAGUUAAUUCGAUUGCCAAGUUAUUGAAUGUACCGAAACAUUCUGAUCAUCUCAUAACCCUGCAAGCGUGCAGCAAACUCGUGUGCAACAAGUUGAACGCAGAUACGAUUAAACAAUCUAAUAGUGUCGAAUACGCCCAAAAUAAAUCUCUCGUAAAGACUAUUAUAGGACCUAGUUUUAAGAUGGGCGACGCGAUGUUAGACAACGCCGCCAAAGGUCUUGCUUUAUUGUACAUUCAAGAUCUCAGAAAUCUCCAGACAAAGAUUAAUGAGACAAUAGUUACUGUACAAAGUAUAACGGCUAAUCCGAAAACAGAUACUAAAUUAGGAAAAGUUGGUAGAUAAAUGGUCGUAUUUUAUAUUUCAAAAAAAUAAAAAUGUGACCUAGAUUCAUAAAUAGCCUGUUUAGAUUUUUUUGAUAUAUAUACAAAUAGUAUAAAUUACAUUAAAUUAGCAGAAUAUUUAACGUCACGUACACAUCU